GUACACAGCUGGUCGGCUAGCUGUCCCGGUUGCGUACAGCGCUCCCUUAAGUUGCUGCAGUUAUAGCGGUCGCUCUACCCGAGCGCCGCUGCCUCGCGAGCUAGAAUGGGUACUAGGAAAAAGGUUCAAGCAUUUGUCCGAGUCAAGCCUACUGAUGACUUUGCUCAUGAAAUGAUCAAAUAUGGAGAAGACAACAAAAGCAUUGAUAUUCACUUGAAAAAAGACACUCGGAGGGGAGUUGUCAAUAACCAGCAGACAGACUGGUCAUUCAAGCUGGAUGGAGUUCUCCAUGAUGCCUCCCAGGAUUUGGUUUAUGAAACAGUUGCCAAGGAUGCAGUUUCUCAAGCCCUUGAUGGAUACAAUGGUACCAUCAUGUGUUACGGGCAGACAGGAGCUGGCAAGACAUACACCAUGACAGGGGCAACGGAGAAUUACAAGCACCGGGGUAUUCUCCCUCGUGCCCUACAGCAGGUGUUUAGGAUGAUUGAAGAGCGUCCCACACACGCCAUCACAGUCCGUGUUUCCUACCUGGAAAUCUACAAUGAGACCCUGUUCGAUCUCCUGUCCACUCUGCCCUACGUGGGACCCUCAGUCACACCGAUGACCAUCGUGGAAAACCCUCAAGGGAUCUUCAUUAAAGGCUUGUCAGUGCAUCUCACCAGUCAAGAGGAGGAUGCCUUCAGCCUCCUCUUUGAGGGAGAGACCAACAGGAUCAUUGCCUCACACACGAUGAACAAGAACUCAUCCAGGUCGCACUGUAUUUUCACCAUCUACAUGGAGGCCCAUUCUCGGACCUUAUCGGAUGAAAAGUAUAUCACUUCCAAAAUCAACCUGGUAGAUCUGGCAGGCUCAGAGAGGCUCAGCAAGACAGGGUCGGAAGGUAGAGUCUUAAAGGAAGCCACCUACAUCAACAAGUCACUGUCAUUCCUAGAGCAGGCCAUCAUUGCCCUUGGGGACCAGAAUCGGGACCACAUCCCUUUCCGGCAGAGCAAGCUCACCCAUGCCCUGAAAGACUCCUUAGGGGGGAACUGCAAUAUGGUCCUCGUGACAAACAUCUACGGAGAAGCUGCUCAGUUAGACGAAACGCUCUCUUCGUUGAGGUUUGCCAGCAGGAUGAAGCUGGUUACCACCGAGCCUGCCAUCAACGAGAAAUAUGAUGCUGAGAGAAUGGUCAAGAAUUUGGAGAAGGAACUGGCAUUGCUUAAGCAGGAACUGGCCAUCCAUGAUAGUCUGUCCAACCGCACCCUCGUGAAUUAUGACCCCAUGGAUGAAAUCCAGAUUGCUGAGAUCAACUCCCAAGUACGGAGAUACCUGGAGGGGACGCUGGAUGAGAUUGACAUAAUCAAUCUAAGGCAGAUUCAGGAGGUAUUCAACCAGUUCAGGGUAGUUCUGAGCCAACAGGAGCAGGAAGUAGAGUCCGCUUUGCGCAGGAAGUACACUCUCAUAGACAAAAAUGACUUUGCAGCCAUUUCUGCUGUCCAGAAGGCAGGGCUAAUGGAUGUUGAAGGUCAGCUAGUGGGUGAGCCCGAUGGACAAAGCUUUGGACUUGGGGUUGCUCCUUUCUCUGUCAAACCUGGGAAGAAACCUAAGACUAAGAAGACACUGAAAGACCAGUACAGCUCCUCAGCAAGAAAGGAAGGUGCCAGUAGCCCUGUGAGUGGCAAGGACUUUGAUAUGGCUUCCCUUUCCAAGACCCAGCUGAUCCCAUCUUCCAAAGAUGGGGACCUCAAAGACAUGCUUGCACGAGAGAGGGAAACUUCCAGCAUUGAGCCCCUUCUCUCAGACUCUCCAAAGGAAGAAUCACGCGCACCCAGACCCAGCACCCCACCCUCUAAGCCUGUGGCCUUUGAAGAGUUUAAGAAUGAACGAGGUAGUGAGAUCAAUCGGAUCUUCAAAGAAAACAAAUCCAUCUUAAAUGAACGGAAGAAGAGGGCCAGUGAGACAACCCAACGCAUCAAUGCAAUCAAGCAGGAGAUUGAUGUGACCAAAGAAGCACUGAAUUUCCAGAAGUCGCUACGGGAGAAGCAAGGAGAGUAUGAGAACAAAGGCCUGAUGAUCAUUGAUGAGGAAGAAUUUCUGUUGAUCCUGAAGCUCAAAGACCUGAAGAAGCAGUAUCGAAAUGAGUACCAGGAACUUCGAGACCUCCGGGCUGAGAUCCAGUACUGCCAGCGCCUAGUGGAUCAGUGUCGCCAUCGCCUGCUUAUGGAAUUUGACAUCUGGUACAAUGAGUCCUUUAUCAUCCCAGAUGACGUUCAGGUAGCACUGAAGCUAGGCAGCAGCAUCCGGCCAGGCAUGGUGCCCAUCAACAGGAUUGUGUGUCUGGGAGAAGAUGACCAGGACAGGUUCAGCCAGCUGCAGCAGAGUGUCCUGCCUGAGGGUCCUGAUUCCAUCUCCUUCUACAAUGCCAGAGUCAAGACAGAACAGAAGGCAUUUGGUAAAUCAGAUCAUCGUGGCAUCAGAAGAGCAUGGUGGAGAGCUGCUUGUAUCAUCAACGUGCUCAAGCAGAAAAGGACAGGGUUGGAUCAGUGACAUGCUAUACCUUUCAGGCCGUAACCCCCGUGGCCUACAUCCUCCAACCUGCUCCUACCUCUUGUGUCCCACCACCUUCCAAUAAUGCUAUCAAGUUACGAAUCCACUGGGGGAUAAAUCUGUUGAUUAGCCUCUCACUUUCCUAUUACCUUUCAAUGAUUAGAUCUACCCGUGGAGACUAAGCUUGCAAACACAAGAACCUAUAUGCUUUAAGGUAUAUAGUAUAUAAAGUACUUUAUAUCCAAACUGUUGUUGGGGUAUAUUGUGUCAAGGUUGUCUUUGUCUUACUUAAUUGUUAAUUCUGUAACUGCAAAGCCGAACUUUGGUAUUGCUAUUCUUAAGAUGAGGGAGUGAGGCCCAUCACUUGUCUCAGUGUUUUGUAAACAUACGCCUUCCUCACUUUCUGAUUGGUUUAAUAAAGAUCUGAUGGCCAAUAGCGGGGCAGGAAAGGGAAGUCAGGACUUCUGGACUGAGAGAGGGUCUCUGGUAAAAGAAUCACGGACAGUUGGGUUAGUUAAGGUAGAUGAGUUAGCUGGGAGGUAGCCUAAGCUAUAAUAAAAUUAGUAAGUCUCUGUGUCAUUAUUCGUCCACUGGUGGGUCCAAGAAAGUUCAGCAAUAAACUAUAACAUCUUUUGUCUUUUGAAUCCAUUCUCUGUCAGAUUUUAUGUAGGCCACUGAAGCAUGCAUGCCUACUUUUUGUUUGUUUUGAGACAGGGUCUCACUAUGUAGCUCCGGCUGUCUUGAAACUCACUAGGUAGCAGGUGGAGUUCACAGCCACCUACCUGCCUCUGCUUCCUUGCUGCUGGGAUUUAAGGCACAUGCCACUAUGCCCAGUACAUGUCUCCUUUUAAACAUAACUGCCAGGGUAUUUCAAACGUUUUACACACUUUCCUUAGACUGAAAGGAUGAAAGCGUUUGAAUGGAAUGUUACUUUUCAUAGCAGUUGCACUGUGCAGAGAAUGCUUUGUCUCCAGACUGUGAUGUUUGCAGGAGCAAUGAUGAAGUGCACGUGACAUGGCUUGUGAGUCCUCGCUAAGACCACACCUCCUCAUCAAUUUCCCCUCUCUUCAUCUUUUUUUUUUCUAGCACAAUUAUAUGAAAGCCAUGGUGGGCCUCCAACAGUCACACAGAAAAUAGUCUCAUCAAUAGCUUGAAGACCAGCAGCUCUAGUCUGUUCUAAGGAAGCUGCUAAACCACAUGCCCAGAGUUCCAGCCACUCAGCUGCAAGCUGGGACCAAACCCAGAGAACACACAAUUGCCUGCCUGCUAGGAUGAACAUCCUCCAAAGGACACCUUUGCUCCUCUUCACAGAAUACUUUUGAUUUUCAUUUACUUCCAUAUGUAAAAGCAAGAUAAAAUUACUUUUUAUUUCCUGUCUGAAAGGACAUCUUCCUUAUGUACAGGUUGUGGCUAAAAUCCAGUCCUAGUGUUUGCCUAGCAAGCAUGACACCUGGGAUUUGAUCCCUAGCAAAAUACACAGAGAUACAAACACAGACACAGCAGACAGAC